AAGACACAUGCUUCUGCAAGCUUCCAUGAAGGCUGUGAAAAAAGUUUUAAUACAGAGUUGGAUUACAGCUCUUGAGCUCAAAGCAUUGGCCAUUACACUACCGUCUUAAAAGCCUGCUGAAACACAGAGCACAGAAUAGAGCAGAUUUCUUACAUUUUCUGGACCAAAGUUGGAUUUUGAAUGCCUCUUUGUAUCUUGACGGAAGAUAUAUUAACUUAAUUAACUGGAAUCCCUACCUGAUCACUUGUGAGUGUGUAUGUGUAUAUACAGAUAUAUAUCUAUUUAAACCCUUAUCAUGAUUUUCUUUCAAGUGUCUCUAAAACCUGCUCUAAGAAAUGACAUUCUCUAAAUGAACUUACAAUUGUUUUGAGCAGUAAAAAGCCAGAUAUUUGCUCUCAGAUGUUGGGAUCCUUUGUGAGUUUAUAAGAGAAAUUCUGGAAGCUUUUCUUUUCUGUACUGGUGAUAGAGAAAUGCAUUUCGAAACAGACGCCUCUAGCUGUAUGACAACGACUGCGUAGUAACCUGUGGAUUUUAAAUACCAGAAUGUACAAACCGUGGGUAACUGUGAAUAUUUUCAUGGUUUCUUUUCUACAUCUGCUGCAAGGAUCUGACUAUGAGAACGGAUCUGUGAAGAGGACAUCUCUGUCAGCAUUGGAGCGGUCAGAACAGCAGAUCAGGAGAGCAUCCAGCCUGGAGGAGCUGCUUCGCAUCACUCACUCUGAGGACUGGAAGCUGUGGAAAUGCAGGCUAAAACUCAAGAGUCUGGCCAAUUUAGACUCCCGCUCUGCAUCACAUCGCUCCACCAGAUUUGCUGCUGCUUUCUAUGAUAUUGAUACACUGAAAGUCAUAGAUGAGGAAUGGCAAAAGACUCAAUGCGUGCCAAGGGAAACCUGCGUGGAAGUCGCCAAAGAGUUGGGUACAACAACCAACAAAUUCUUCAAGCCUCCCUGUGUGAACGUGUUCAGAUGUGGAGGCUGCUGCAAUGAGGAGAGUCUGAGCUGCAUGAAUACAAGUACAACUUAUGUGUCGAAAACGCUCUUUGAGAUCUCAGUUCCCUUGACAAGUGUUCCUGAGCCUGUACCAAUCAAAAUUGCCAAUCACACAGGCUGUAAGUGUCUAUCAAAUACCCAGCGCCACCAGUAUGCCAUCAUACGAAGAUCUGUCCAGUACCCAGAAGAAGACGGAUGCCCUUUUACCAACAAAUUUUGCCAUAAUGGGUGGAUCUGGGAUAGUGACAAAUGCGAAUGUGUUUUAGAUGUACAGCACCCCAACAGACGAGAAG